CCAAACAUACAGCAGCUAGCUGCUAGCCUCCUGCUCCAGGCUAUGAGGGGUCUGUUGUCCACAAGGGACCAGCACUGCUGGAAGGAGUUGAUUGAGAAAGAGGCUUUCAGCAGGGUCAGCUGGAAGAUGAAGUAUGGGCACAAGUUCCCCAGGAUAGAGCCCUGCAGUGGCCCCAGGAGGAAAUGUAUUUUACCUGCUAUUUGCCCUCCAAAGGAGCAGGAGGAGAUGCUCAGUCCCUCUAGGACCCAUGAGGAGGGAACUGGCUUUAAGAAGCAGGGGGAGGGAAUAAGCCUCCCCAGGAAGCAGGAGGAUAAGGAUCAGGAGCCCCUUCUUAAGGAAAUGAGACCUGCCACCUCCAAGACCAAGCAUCUGCUGUACCAGGGCAUCUCCCGGGAAGGCCAGGGAAGGCACCUGUACCUGCAGGAGAGAAAGCUGAAGAAUCCUGAGGACAAAUUCCACUAUCCAGUCCUGUCAUCCUGGGAGUAUGGCUGGCGCUUAGGAGAUGUUAUUACUGAAAUCAAGGCUCCAAUUCAUGGCAGGUCUGGAAUUGUAAAGGAUACUUUCUACAUCAGAAAUGGAGUCUUCCAUCAUCCAUCAAAAAGUGACAAGCUCUUGUGAGCUUGGGUGUUUGUUACAUAUAUUAGAAAUGCAAAACUCCAUGCUGUUGCCUAGUAUGACUGGUUUUAUGUCAGAUCUGCAACUCUGUAAUUAUUUCCCUCUUUAAUUGUUUCUGUGGGAGACAAGUUUAAAGUUUCUAAUUCAGAACCUGCUCUAUUCUCUGUAUAGUUUUAACUUUCUAAUGUAUUCAUUUGAAACUAAUUUUGUUUUAUUUUCAGGCCAUCUUCUGGGUUUAAAUGCACCUGCAACAUAGACCAUGUAACUUUAUUACUCUAAGGCAGAAAACCUUGGAGUUUUCAUUUUGUUUCCUUGUCUAGGUUGUCACAUUAAAAAAUUUAAAGAACCCAUCUGCAGCUGAACAAUCAUAGUUCCACAGCAACUGGGGCAGAACUAAACAACAUGAAACAGAGUGAAAUAAAAUCCAUUCAGUGAAAGGGAUAACAAAUUUCUAGGUAGUAAUAUGUCUAAAAGAUAAUUCGUUGAAAUAUUUUGUUUCAUUUUAUAUAGCAUCUAAUAUCCCCACAAAUAACCUUAGCAUUUGACUGAAAUUUGAUAGUAGCAGGAAGUCUCCUUUAAUUGUUUCCAGGCUUAUACAUUACUGGAGAAACGAAUAUUGUGGAAUCCCUCAUGAUGAGCAUGUUCUAAAACAAAGCAGCACUUCACCUGUAGACAACUGUGUACUUUAGUGGCAUAAGCGCAGACGUGGGAGCCAGGAACACAAGCUCUAAUCUUUGCUCUGAUACUAAUUGUCUCUCUGACUUUGGGUAAGUCAUGCAACCUCUCUGCCUCAGUCUUCCUUCCCUGUGAUAUGGGGGAAGUUCUUUACCUACGUACAUUGGGGGGAUGCAUGUUAAUCAAUGCUCUUAAAAGCACUUGAAAAAUGAAAAGCAGUUAAUGAUCUUUUGUCUUCAGAAUCAUCCAGUCUCCUAGGCCUUUGUUCUUUAUCCAGUUUUCUCUGUAGUUAACUUCUUUUACCUCCUUCACCUGGUUUCCAAUUUCAGUCCCUAAGCUAACCUUUAGCAACUAAUUUACAGGUCUUCCCUUCUACUCUAGGGACAAAAUCACAAGAGGGGCCAAGGAACUUGAGGGCUGCACAGUAGAAGAUGCGGAGGGGUGCCAUAAGAAUUAAUCCUGCUUCUGGUUGCAUUAACUCUACUGGAUUUGUCCUCAGAAAUCUUGAUCAGCCAGGACAGUUGCACAAAGCUUCUAACUCCCGGCUCCAUAUCUAGCUCCUCCCACACCUGGCCCCACCUCCCAAAUCCACCAAGCGCCAGGGGAUCUCAGAGGCAAGGAUAAGUCUAUAAAGCUGGUAUCCCAAAGCACACGUUCACACUCCUCUUGUACCCAUCCUAGCCAGGUUUACUAGAGUGGGGUCACUUCUUCUCCUGGAGGCAAAUUGAACAAUCCAGUUCCAAGAAAUUUCAGUCCAUAUUACUAGCUGCAUGGAAUGCUGUUUUACAAUGUACUUAGUGACGACCACUAUGUUGUAAAUCUGAACAGAGUCUGAAGGGGGUGUCACAUUAUGCUGUGUUAGUAUGGCCCAGCUGUUGCAGGGUCUUCAUCUAUCUCUGCAUCUGCUUUCUUUAAGAACAUAUCUGCCAGUUGUACUAAGCCUCAGAAAACGAGGCUGAAACCUGAAGUAAAAAACUAUAUUUAACACUGCAAAGUAGCUGAAGAAUGUUUGAGAGCCUGUUGGGUAAAGGAGAACAGCAAAUAAUAUUCUACAAGAAAUAGUGUAGAGCAGUUGUUAUCCUGGGAGCCCCCAUGUGAGAUGUGGAAUUUAGCAUCUAACCCAAAUGCAUCCAUGUCUCUAGAAAAAUUUCAUUGGUACAAAAGCCUUGAAAUGUCCAACUACCUGAUUCCUAUUAGUAAAUAUUUUUUAAAGAAUUCCCCUUAUAUUAUGGCAACUCAGAAAUACAAAGGCACCUUUAACAAGCAUUCAUUAAUAUGUUCUGUGAGGUUUUCUGUUCCAAGGAAAAAGUAUGACUUCCAAGUGUUCCUGGCAUUGCACAUACAUUCCUGGUACUAAUAGGGGGAAAAAAAACCCACCUCAGCAUUCUUUUGGUCAUUCAUUAAAAUGCCUGUGUUUCAGUACUGGUACCUCCUUGAGAAUCAAAAAGGAAGCAGAAUGACUUGCCAAACUAAUUUUUCAUCAUAAGUCUACACUGACAAUAAUCAAUAGGACUCUUAUUUUAAAAGGUUAUGAAAAUAGUGCUGUUGCAUUACAGAAUCCGUUUCUUGCCAGACAUCCACUCUGUUGCUUCCCAAAGAUCCUUUGGGAAUAGGCCUUUAAAUUUCAUUUUGGAACCUGUCAGAUUUUUAUUGUUGAUUUAUUUAACUAAAUUGUGCGUUCAUAUUUGUAUGUACUGAACUGUAUCAAUUUUUUUUAAAGCUAGCACUGUCACUAAAUCUAUUUCUACUAGGAUUUAAAACUCAUUUCACUCUAAUUUUGCUAGGAUUUAAACUUCAUAUGUUUCAUAACAAAUAGCCUAAUGUAUCUUUUUUUUUUAAAUUAAAACGAAAAGUGUCUGUUUGAGAGUGUCAGAAUUUGUGUUUAGCAGUUCUGUGCCAUCAUUUAGCUGAUCCUUUGUAAGGCCCUAGUUUUGCAAAUACUUACAUGUGCUGAGCUUGAAUCAGGUGAGCAGUCCCAUUGAUUUCAAUGGAGUUAAAGUUACGCACAUGCUUAAGUGUUUAUAGGAUCAAGGGCUAUAUCUGACAAAGUCUAGCCUAUUAUUAUUAUCUUGUGUGUAUGGGUUCGCUAAAAAUUGUGGUUGGUAAGAUGAUUGAAUGGACAAAAGGGAAUGUUUCACCGGCCAAUAUUUACAUAGUAUGUCACCAUUAAAUACAUGUUUGUGACUCCAUUGAUGAUAUGUAAAUUCCUCUUAAUACGUCUGUAUCCUGCCUGACCUGUAAAAUACAGUGCAAACAUUUAAAAUUGAACCUGUAAUCUCUACAUUUACAAUUAUACUUUAUGUACAAG